CUCGCAAAGUAUACUGGGUAGUGUGAACACGUGAGGGUGGAAGGAGUCGGCGCCAUCUUGAAGGUUUUUGUAGGCUGCGAAAUCUUCGGAUUGUGAGCGCUUAGCUCGAGGUAACCAUGUCCAAAAGGCGCCUUGAUGUAGCUGGUAACUCUACCAGCAGUAUGACUACUGCUAAAAGAAUUAAAGAGGAAUUGAGUAAUCCAAGUAAUCUCAGAGGGAAGAUAAACCCUUACAAUGGGCGACCCUUCUCAGAGCGCUAUUUUGAUAUCCUCAAGAAGAGAAUUGACUUGCCUGUCUGGGAGUACAGAGAAAAGUUUAUGGAGAUUAUAAAAAAUAAUAAAGUGUUUGCUUUGGUUGGUGAGACAGGCUCUGGAAAAACAACUCAGAUCCCACAAUGGUGCAUGGACUUUCGUAUGGACAAGAACAAGUGCGUUGCAUGUACCCAACCUAGAAGGGUGGCGGCUAUGAGUGUGGCUCAGCGUGUAGCUGAUGAACUGGACGUUACUCUCGGGCAAGAAGUUGGUUAUACUAUUAGGUUUGAAGACUGCACUGGCCCAAGGACUGCCUUGAAGUACAUGACAGAUGGUAUGUUGCUCAGGGAAGCUAUGACAGACCCUCUGUUGGAUAGAUAUGCUGUGAUACUUCUCGACGAGGCCCACGAGAGAACUCUAGCCACAGACAUCCUUAUGGGAUUGUUAAAGGAGGUUGCCAAACAAAGAGAUGACUUGAAGAUCAUCAUUAUGAGUGCUACUUUAGAUGCUGGCAAAUUCCAGGACUAUUUUGACCACUGUCCUCUGAUGACGAUUCCUGGCCGUACUCACCCGGUGGAGAUAUUCUACACCCCCGAGCCUGAGAGGGAUUACCUGGAGGCUGCUAUUCGCACAGUUAUUCAGAUUCACAUGGUGGAGGAGGUCAAGGGAGAUAUUUUACUCUUUCUUACAGGCCAAGAGGAAAUUGAGGAGGCCUGUAAGAGGAUUAAAAAGGAAGUUGAUAAUCUUGGCUCAGAAAUAGGAGAGCUCAAGUGCAUUCCACUCUACUCAACACUCCCCCCCACCCAGCAGCAGCGCAUCUUUGAGGCUGCCCCGCCCGAUAGGCCAAAUGGUGCCAUUGGUCGCAAGUGUGUGGUAGCAACAAACAUUGCUGAGACAUCUCUUACUAUUGAUGGAGUGGUAUUUGUCAUCGAUCCAGGUUUCUCAAAGCAAAAGGUCUACAAUCCCCGUAUUCGUGUCGAGUCCCUACUGGUCUCUGCUAUUUCCCGUGCCAGCGCCCAACAGAGAGCAGGUCGUGCAGGUCGUACCCGUCCUGGCAAGUGCUUCAGACUGUACACAGAAAAGGCUUUCCAGGAAGAAAUGCCUCCAAACACAUACCCCGAAAUCCUCAGGUCAAACCUUGGCACUGUGGUGCUGCAGCUAAAGAAGCUGGGAAUUGAUGACCUGGUUCACUUUGACUUUAUGGACCCCCCAGCACCUGAGACACUAAUGCGAGCACUUGAGUUGCUGAACUACCUUGGUGCACUAGAUGACAAUGGGGACCUGACUGAGCUAGGUUCCAUGAUGGCAGAGUUCCCGCUUGACCCUCAGUUAGCCAAGAUGGUGAUUGCGAGUUGCGAAUUCAACUGCUCUAAUGAGAUCCUUUCCAUCACAUCCAUGCUCUCUGUCCCCCAGGUGUUUUUGAGACCAAACGAGGCAAAGAAAGCAGCUGAUGAGUCCAAGAUGAAGUUUGCACACAUUGAUGGUGACCAUUUGACGCUUCUCAAUGUUUAUCAUGCAUACAAACAGAACCAUGAAGACACACAAUGGUGCUAUGAUAACUUCAUCCAACAUCGCUCAAUGAAGUCAGCUGAUAACGUACGUGGCCAGCUGGCAAGGAUUAUGGACCGCUUUAACCUGCAGCGUCGUAGCACUGACUUCAACAGUCGAGACUACUAUCUGAACAUCCGCAAGGCGCUCGUCUCUGGCUUCUUUAUGCAGGUGGCGCAUCUCGAACGGUCUGGUCACUACCUCACAGUCAAGGAUAACCAGGUUGUACAGCUCCACCCAUCUACAUGCUUGGACCACAAGCCAGAGUGGGUCCUGUACAACGAGUUUGUCUUGACCACCAAAAACUACAUCCGCACCGUCACCGAUAUCAAGCCCGACUGGUUGAUCAAGAUCGCACCCGUGUAUUACGACAUGCGUAACUUCCCAAUGUGCGAGGCGAAGCGAGUGCUGGAACGAAUCAUUGAGAAGAUGAUACGCGCUAGGUAGUCAGUGCCCGUUUCUAGUCACGCCCUGGCUAUAUAAGCAUCUAUCUCGGGUCUACCUCGGGUAGCUUGAUCUCGUAAAUAUCCUACGAUGGAUUAAAAUCGGGGUCUACUGCUUGACCAAGAGCAGCAUAUUCAUCUGUAUAUAGAGCAGGACCACGAAUACUUCCAAAGGGAAUGGUUGACUAUCAUAGCUUAAUUGUUGAUAAUUUUUUUUUUUUGAUAGAGUUGCUCUUAUUUAGAACUGCUUCAAGUAAUCUUUCAAAAUGGUAAUGAAGAACUUUAUAAGAAACGAUAGUCCUAGCUUCGUUUGGUCUCAACUUAAAGUUACGGCUUAUACAGAAGCGUCUGGGGGUGAGGGGAGGGGAGGGGAGGGGAGAGUAAGAGUAAGAGGAAAUUGUAAACGAUACGAAAUCUUUCUCUAGUAUAUUAAUGCCAUCUUUUUGUGACUUCCACAUUAACAUACAAUUACAGCGAUCCUUCAAUAGUGUGCUUAUUCUCUACUUUGUUUUGUCCAUCCUUUAUGAUAUUUUAUUAUCAUUAUUUCCUUGUAGACUUCUCUCAUUAAAGAUUUCUUUACCCUUU